GACGUUAACUUAACGUCGAUCGGCGUGCGGCGUUAUUUAAACGCGUGGCGGCGUGUGACGUUAAUUUAGCGCCAGGCGGCGCUUAUUUAACGCCUGGUGGCGUUAAGAAAUCGGCGUUUUAAUAUUAAUACGGCGAUCAAAAGCACGCGAAUUGUGAACCUGUUGGCUUUCGAUAGUUUUGUGCACGAGCAAAGGAAAUCGGCGUGCGAGCGGAGAGAUUCGCGCGCUCAUAUUACAAGAAUGCGCUCUCGCCUUGUAAUAAUGCGCUCGCGACAUUUGUCAUUAUAAUAACGCCAUAUUGAUUUCACCUUCAUAAUUUCCACUGACCGGAAGUGGGGAGGGCCGAUGACGCACUUCGAUCUUGCAAGAUAAGAUGUAUGAGUUAGAACAAGAAUGGAGUUUGAAGGGGAUUUUGGGUAGCAGAUGAGAAAAUGUGGGAAUUUAGUAAAGCUCUCUUUAAUUUUCUUAAAGAUACAGGGUUAGAGCACAGUAUAUAGGAGUUUUUUUAUAUAAAUAAUUAUAACUGUGCGAAGUACAUGAAGCCCUGAAGUUACACACCCCGGUACAGUAGGUGGCGAUAUUCACCUGAACAAGUUGGUUGCGACCCACCAAUAAAAUUAGAGAGAGAGAGAGAUGACGCACUUCCUUUGGCGCGCUGUGUGAAAUUCAAAGCUGCGACUCCAACCGUUAAGUAAGUAAGUGCAAACCGAGCUCUGUGGCUUCACAUCGUAAGGAUUUUGUCGUAAUACGUUUAUUGUCUGCUCAACGGUGGGUUUAUCUGACAUGUUAUUUUACUUAUGUCGUGGGAUUUUAUUUUGCCGAUUUGUUUGGAUGAUCUUGUAAAGUCUGGAGCUGUUAACCAGUAUGUGGUUCAAGAUGUGUUGUCUGCUAAACAGCUUCACUCUCACCUCAAUAGUUUCAAAGCAGCACUUAGAAGUCAUGGGCCACUGUGCAUCCUCAAGCAUUUUGACACUGUGUACAGUGUCCUGCAACAUUGCCGCUCUGUGGAUGUAGCGGUGAAAGAAGAUACUCUUGAACUGCUGAUUCAAGUGGUUAAAGGCCUGUCUGUCUCUCUGCCGACCAUCCUCCUGUCUGCCUCUCUGUCAGCCGCGGACCGCAAACAACAGCUCAACGCUGUGAAGAUGAGCAUCUUUCUCAUUUGCAAGCUCACUGAGAUCCUUGAGAGUGACUCCUAUAGAGAGACUAUUGUCACAGCACCCAGCAAGGGUCGGAAGAAGGAUAAAGCAGCUGGAAAAGGUCUUGCACAGUGGGAAGGUGAGAGAGAGACGGUUCUUCAGUGUUUGACUCAGCUGCUCCAACUGGACAUUCGGACACUAUGGAGUCUGUCUCUUGUGGAGGAGGAGUUUGUCAGCUGUGUGACGUGCUGUUGCUAUAAGCUCCUGGAAAAUCCCACCAUAAGCCAUAUGAAGAGCAAAUCCACUCGAGAUGCCAUCAUCCAUGUGCUAGGAAUUAUGGUGAAGAAAUACAAUCACAUGUUGGGAGCGUGUGUGAAAGUGAUUCAGCUCCUGCAGCACUUUGAGCAACUGGCGUCAGUGUGUGCUCAGGCUGUGUCUGCUUGGAGCUCAGAAUAUGGGGUUAAAUCUAUUGUUGGAGAGAUCAUGAGAGAAAUUGGUCAGAAGUCGAGUGAGGAGCUAGCCAGAGAAGGUUCAGGUGUGAAGGCUUUCUCCAGCUUUCUGUCUGAACUCAGCACUCUGGUACCUGAAGCCAUGAUCCCCAACAUCAGUGUUCUGCUGACGCACCUGGAGGGAGAGAGUCCAAGUUUACGCGUGGCCGUGUGCGAGGUUCUGGGUGAGGUGUUGGUGCGGGUUCUGACCGGCGAUAAACUUGAUGAUUCGGCUCGUGGGGACAGAAACAGAUUCCUGGACACGCUGCAGGAGCACAUCCAUGAUGCACACUCGCACGUCAGAGCUCGUGUGUUGCAGGUCUACACGCGUAUUGUCAACAGCAAGGCUUUGCCGCUGUGCAGGUACACUGAGGUUAUGGAGCUGACUGUUGGUCGCCUUGGCGAUAAAUCAGUCAAUGUGUGUAAGAGCUCCAUCCAGCUGCUGGCUGCCUUUAUUGCUCACAACCCUUACAGCUGCAAGUUGAGCAGUGUGGACCUGAAGAAGCCACUGGAAAAGGAGACGGGGAAACUAAAAGAGAUGAGAGAAACCAUGAGAGAACAAGAGCCUGUUGCAGUGAUCACUGCAGCUGAUCUUUGGGAUGCGAUGAAGCCUGAGGUGGAAAUGACCGUGAAUGCUCAGCUUGAGCCCAGCAGUGAGGAAGAGAGAGAUGAUGAUGAAGAUGAGACGGGUGGAGACGAAGGGAGAGGCGACAGAGACACUGCUGUCCAAAUAGCACAGUUCCUCCGAGAUAACAAAUACAGGCACGCAGUUGCUCUGUGUGUACGGGCUCAUUCUCUGUUCCCAGAGUCUCCAUUCUUCUCGGCUCUGGCUAACCUGAACACAGAAUCCCUCAUAAACACGCUUGCUUCACUCUUCAAGGGCCCAGAGCAUGAGACACCUGAGGCAGAUGCGGGUGAUGCUCCACCCACCCCACAGAAAGAAGCAACGGAGGGAAGAGAGAGCGAACUGAAGAAGCAGGAGAUGUUGGUUCAGUACUUGAAAGACACGGAGAGCUUUGCUCUACAGGUGGAAAGAGCAAUCGCUGACAUUAACAAUAUGCUAUACUGGAAAACUACUACAGUGGUCCAGGAGGCUGUGCAGUUUUGCGUCACAGCGUUUGAGUUUAGUGUGGCCGACUCUGUGUGUGGGGUCAGAAAGAUGCUGCCGCUGGUCUGGUCCACUGACGUUGCCGUCAAAGAUGCUGUCAUUCAAGCCUACAGACGCAUGUACCUCAACCCCCACGGUGACAGCACCAGAGCCAAGGCACAGACUCUAGUGGACAGUCUGUCAGAACUGAUGAUCAACGCUUCAUUAGGGACCAUUCAGUGUCUGGAGGAGAUUGUGCAAGAGUUUUUCAGCAGUGAGAGCACCCUGCAGACUUCAGUCGUGCAGGUUCUGUGGGAGAGAUUCUCUGGGAAACGAGAGACUUCAGCACUUCACAGGAGAGCUGCGGUGCUACUGCUGGGCAUGGCAGCACGCGCUGAGAGGGAAGUGGUUCUCAGUAAUUUGGACACGCUUUGUUCCGUCGCUCUUGGAGAGAAGGUUGCAGAAGAUUAUCUCCUGGCUCGGGACACACUCAUCACCAUUGCUAACAUAACUGAUCAUUUGAGGCAAUCCAAAGGCACCCCGUUUAGGCUUCCUGUGGACCAUCAACUUUUCUGCUGUCUGUCACAGGCCAUUGCUGAUGGAGUGGUACAGUCCGACCCACACUGGCAGACCUUUAUGGAACAGGCUGUUCGUCUCAUCUACUUCCUGGCUGAAUCUCCUGACCAGUUGUGUUCCCACCUCCUUCAGCGGUCUGCUCGUCUCCUAUUGGAGCAGGUCACAGAUGGUGGAGAGCCCAACCAAUCACAAGCGCAGGAAGCUGGGUCUCAGAGCACUGAAGAGCAAGUGAGUUGUUCGAGUCUGGCCCAGGUGUUGUCUCUCUGUGGAGCUGUGGCCUUCUGGCAAAUAUUUCACCUUGAGAGAAGCAUUAGCGCCGAGCUGCGCAGAAGAAGAGGAGAGAGAGAAGAUAAGGAGGAGAAAGAGAAGGCACCUGCCAGCAAGUCAAAGGAGGCCAAUGACAGUUGUGUGGAGGAGGAGCUUGGGCUGGUGGGCGCCUCUGCUGAGGACACGGAGGCGGAGUUUAUCCGUAAGAUCUGCGAGACCGAGUUACUUGCUGAAGGGAACAUGCUCAGUGUAUUUCUGCCCCUGGUGGUGAAGGUUUGCAGCUCUCCAGGCAGAUAUUCUCAUCCUCAGCUCACCACUGCUGCCUGCCUGGCUCUGUCUCAGUACAUGAUGAUCAGUCCAGCUGUUUGUAAAGACAACAUACGUCUGCUGUUCACCGUACUGGAGAAAUCUACACUCCCAGUCGUCAGAGCCAACACCAUCGUCGCUCUUGGUGACCUAACAGUCCGCUUCCCCAACAUCCUGGAACCAUGGACACCCAACCUAUAUGCCAGGCUGAGUGAUGAGAAUGCAUCUGUGCGUCUGACCGCCAUCACAGUUCUGGCCCAGCUGGUGUUGAAGGAUGUGAUGAAGGUCAAAGGUCAGGUCAGUGAGGUAGCUGUGCUCCUGCUGGACCCCGAGCCGCACAUUGCCAGCCUCGCUCUUAACUUCUUUAAUGAACUCUCUGCCAAGGACAAUGCCAUCUAUAACCUGCUGCCAGACAUCAUCAGCCGAUUAUCUAAUCCUGAGAGAGGGAUAAAGGAGGAAGACUUCAACACCAUCAUGAAGCAACUCUUCUCCUACAUCACCAAGGAGAGACAGACGGAGAGUUUAGUGGAGAAGCUCUGUCAGCGCUUCAGGACUGCAAAGACGGAGCGUCAGUGGGCAGAUCUGGCCACGUCUCUGUCUCUGUUGUCAGUGUGCGAGCGAGGUUUUAAAAAGCUGCAGGAAUGCUGGGAUUGUUACAGUGAUAAACUCACUGAGCCUGGAGUCUAUCAGCCCCUCCUCUCCAUCAUGGCCAAACUCCGCCGUAGAGCCAAACCGCAGUUCAAGGCGCAGGUUGAAGACUUUGAGAAGCGUUUGACGGCAGUUCACACUAAAGGGCUGGAGAAUGUUGAGGGUGAAGAGAGCCAACCACAGAUAGGAGACACGCAGAGCCAAAACUUUGAAACACCGCAGCCGCAAAAGAAUAAACGCAAAACCACACGAGGUCGUGUUAAACCUAAAUUAGAUGACAGUGAUCUUGUGACCCCAAAAACAACUCGCUCACGUCCAAAGCCUGUCAUAACCUUCACCAGUGAUGAAGAGGAGCAAGAAGAGGAUGCUGUCAUGGCUGAAAGCGAGACUCCUAAAGUAACUACGCCCAUUGCCCGCACACGACGCACUCGACUCAGACACUGAGAGCACUCUUCGUUUUUAAUGUCUUUUUAUGCAUAUAACAUUUAACCUGAUUUUAUAAUAUUUUUAUUGCUGUCUUUGUUUUAGUUGCCUUGUCAUCUUAUUGUUUAAUUGCUUUUUAAUAAAAGGUUCUAAA